AUGGUCGAACUACGUUUGUUGUUAUAUCUCGUAUUUCUAUGCACCGAUUUCAAGUCCAUAUGUGGUGAAAGGCACCGCCGUGAACCUCCUGGAAUAAAUGCAGAUGUGCAGCAAGCUAGCAAUGAUUAUCCUCCAGCAUCAUAUCCAGGACCACCAACUCCAUCGCAGUAUCCGGCACUAGCAGCUCCAUGGCCACCUCCACCGCCGCCUCGACCGCUUACUCCUUAUGGAUAUCCUUCACCGCCACCGCCUCCCCUUCCGCCUCCCCAUUAUGGAUAUCCUCCACCGCCACCGCAUUAUAAUACUUAUCGUCCACCACCACCUCCACCUAUGGCUGUCUCCACUCCACCAACCUCCCCACGAUCUUCAUAG